AUGGCCUUUGAUUUAAAGCCCGGCACUGAGGUUCUAGACCAAGUCACCGAAGUUGAGCAGAAUGAGGUCGAUCCGGUUGACGCAGAUGAUGAGAAGGCGCUGGUAUGGCGACUGGAUGUGAUAUUCAUUGUCGUCGGGUUUCUGGGAUAUGCGUUCAAGUACCUCGAUCUAACCAAUAUUGCAGACCUGAAACUAUAUGGAAAUGAGCUGAAUUACUUCACAACAUUCUUCAAUAUCGGCUAUAUUGUCAUGCUUUAUCCCUCGUGUAUCAUCAUAUCUCAUGUUGAACCAGCGAUUUGGCUGCCCACAUGCGAGGAUAGAAGUCCUUAUAUCAACGCACGUUCGGUCUAUGGCCUUCGCUGUCUUAUAGGUUUCUGUGGUGCCAUGCUUUCCGGAGCACUUCAAGGAGCACUCUCGACAAACCUCGACGGCACACUCGGAAGAAAAGGGUGGCAAUGGGCGUUCAUAAUGAACGUAACCGAACGGCAAAAUCCGCUCUCUAGAAUCUAUCUCAAGCUCCGACACAUCGAAACCGCCCUAGCGCGUACACGUCGAGUCGGCCGGAGUCCGCAGACCGGGAUCACUCCCAAAACCUUCCUCCGCGCCUUCAGAUUCUGGCAUCUUUGGCUAUUCUCCAAGAUAGCUAUCCAACUCGUUGCCGAGAUUCUCUUUCGCGGGUUCAGUGAUUUCUUCGGCACCAGGCUGCCUUUUCUAAUUUUGCACGUCCCAGUGUUCCAAGCUACGCUUCUAUGCGCCUGGGCAACUGCUCAUCUCAGGACCGAACCACAAGUCCGAACAGUCCUUUUCGCUAACGACACCUUAUUCCCAUACCUCCUCAAGGGUUUCCUCCCUAUAGCCGCUUAUCCUGCUGGUGAAGCCCAUCACUGGCGCAUUGGGGCAAAUCUGUAUAUGGCUUUGUCACUAUUAACAGCGAUUCUCUUUGUUACAAUCCAUUUUGUGUUCGAAUAG